GUUUGGUUAGAGAAUCUGAAAAUCAACGCGCGUCCUCUGCCUUCGUGUGUCGUGAAUUUAAAACUGUGAAAAUCCGCCGGAAAUGGUCACGCUAGGCCCCAAAAAGGAUGGCGGACCGAACGCCGAGUUCUUCAACGCGCCCGAAUCGCUGCAGGGCUUUGAAACGGUGCGCCAGUGGCUGCAGAAAAACUUCAAGAAGUAUCUGGCGCCGGAUCCGCCCACCAAGGAGUCGCUGGCCCAGUUGAUCGUGCAGUUUGUGCAGUACCAGGAGACCAAGCUGGGCAAAAGUUCGCAGGAUCCGCCGACGACCCGGCUGCCGAUGCGAUGCUUCAUGGACUUUAAGCCGGGCGGUGCGCUGUGCCAUAUUCUGGCCACCAUGUACCGGUACAAGGCGGAGCAGCGUUGGCGCAAGUUUGACUUUACCGUCAACAAGAACCCGAUGCGCAAGGACCCCAUCAUCCAGAUGCUGUUGGACAUGGAGACGGCGCUGAUCGAGGCCGAGUGCAUGCGGCUGCCGAUCGUGUACAUCCGGCCGGAGGUGGACAAGCAGACGGCGAACCGCAUCACGGACAUUGUGACGAAUCACCAGGGUGAGAUGACUCCGGACGAGGAGGAGGCGACGCACAUCAUCUACCCGGCGGUUGAUCCGUUGCCGGAGGAUUACGCCCGGCCUACGUUCCGUCGGGACAAGCACGUCAUGAUUCAUUGGUAUUACUUCCCGGAGUCGUUCGAUACGUGGGUUCCGAACACGUUCGAUCUGCCGGACAACGUUCCGGACUGUCCGCUGUCGCCGGGGGAUCGUUGGCGUGUUUCUGCGUCUUGGGUCACCGACCUAGAAGAGUACAACGAGUGGAUGGCCGAGGAGGAUUACGAGGUGGAUGAAGCCGGUCGCAAGAAGGUCCACAAGCAUCGGCUCAGCGUAGACGAUUUGAUGUCCGCCGGGGACGAAAAGGUAAAAAAACCCGGCAAGUUGGCUCACCAGAAGCGCAAACGUUCGCCGUCGCCGCAAGCCAAGGGCGGAAAGCGCAAGAGUGGCCGUUCGCCGGCCGUUUUCCAAAAGAAACCACGCGCCGACGACGAGGAAUCGGAAGAUUUAACGAAAGACAUGGACGACCCUCCAGCGGAAACCAACCUGACCGAGGUGAAGGCCAGCUCGAGCAACUCGGCGUCCGGCCCGGCUACUCCGCAGCCGCCCAAGCGUGACCCGGAGAUGAUGCCGUUGAAGUACGCCACCAUGACCGAUCUGGACGACGACAUCGAUCGAGCCAACGCGGAUCGUGCCGGAGAUGACAGCCAGGCUGGCAAGACCAGCGACAACAGCAACACGCAGGAAUUCCCCCACAAGGGCGACCUCGAGGACAACGUUACCGAACAAACCCAUCACAUUGUCGUCCCAUCAUAUUCGGCUUGGUUUGAUUACAACUCGAUCCACGUCGUCGAGAAGCGCGCCCUGCCCGAGUUCUUCAACGGCAAAAACAAAUCCAAAACCCCGGAGAUUUUCCUCGCCUAUCGCAACUUCAUGAUCGACACCUACCGGCUGAACCCAACCGAGUACUUGACGAGCACCGCUUGCCGGCGCAAUCUGGCCGGUGACGUGUGUGCGAUCAUGCGCGUCCACGCCUUCCUCGAGCAGUGGGGCCUCAUCAACUACCAGAUCGAUGCCGAUUCGCGCCCAACCCCGAUGGGACCUCCCCCAACCUCGCACUUCCACGUGCUGAGCGACACCCCGUCAGGCCUCCAACCGCUAAACCCACCCAAAACGGCCCAACCCUCGGCCGCCAAAACCCUCCUCGACCUGGACAAAAAGGGCGACAAAAAGGAGGACGCACCCGCAGGCUCCGUCGACGCAAUCAAAUCCGAACCCGGCGCACCCGGCGCUCUCCCCGGUUCCGACCCCAGCGGCCAGUUCGGCCUCCGCCUCGACCAGUACGCCAAGAAACCAUCCGCAAUGCGCAACAAAACCGCCGCCAGCAUGUCCCGCGACUGGACCGAACAGGAAACACUCCUCCUGCUCGAAGGCCUCGAAAUGUACAAGGACGACUGGAACAAGGUCUGCGAACACGUCGGAUCGCGCACCCAGGACGAGUGCAUCCUGCACUUCCUCCGUCUCCCGAUCGAGGAUCCCUACCUGGAGGACGACAACACCUACCUCGGCCCGCUCUCCUACCAACCUAUCCCGUUCAGCAAGGCCGGAAACCCCAUUAUGUCAACCGUGGCCUUCCUCGCCUCGGUCGUCGACCCGCGCAUCGCUGCAAGUGCGGCCAAGGCCGCCAUGGAAGAGUUCGCUGCCAUCAAGGACGAAGUGCCCGCCUCGAUGAUGGACGCGCACCUGAAAAAUGUGGAAAAGUCCAGCUUCGGUGGAAAGUUUGACCCGUACGCGGGGCUGACGACCAGCGGAAUCGCCGGCACCGGCACCGACAAGGACAAGGAGGAAGAGGAGGGAAAGACGGCGGGAGGAGCGACGACGCAGGCGGGAUCAUCGGGGGCCGCUCCGGUGACGCCCGGUGGCGAUGUGGAGAUGAAGGAUGUCACCAAGAAGGAGGACGAUAAACCGACCGAGAAGUCGUCGUCUUCCUCGGAAGAGGGUACUAAAACUUCUGAUUCUGAUGCCGCAGCAGGAAGUGACCCGUCCAAGCCGGCCGAAGCAGGUGCGGAUCCCGCCGCCGGAGACAAGACCAAGGACAAGGACGCAGAGUCGACAGCGGUGGUCGCGGUCGCCAAGGAGAACGGCGACCCGAAGGUGUUCAACGAGGGAAAUCUGCAGUCGGCUGCUGCUGCUGCCCUGGCCGCGGCCGCCGUCAAGGCGAAACAUCUGGCCGCCGUUGAGGAGCGCAAAAUCAAGAGUCUGGUCGCGCUGCUCGUUGAAACGCAGAUGAAAAAGUUGGAGAUCAAGUUGCGCCACUUUGAGGAGCUCGAAACGACGAUGGAACGGGAACGGGAAGGUCUGGAGUACCAGCGGCAGCAGCUGAUUCAGGAGCGGCAACAGUUCCACCUGGAACAGCUGAAGGCGGCCGAGUUCCGCGCACGCCAGCAAGCUCACCAGCGAUUCCAGAUGGAACAGGGCCAGUGGCAGCAGCCGCCGCCGAUGGGCGUUGGUCCGGGUGUGCCUCCUCCGCCAGGUGGAAUUCCAGCCGCACAACAGCAGCAACCCCAGGGACCACCGGGACAGGGUCCAAUGCCGACCCCCGGAACUAACCCUCAGCAGCAGCCACCAGUGCCGUCUACCGGUGGACACCCUGGACCGGUUCCACCGAACAUCUCGGCACCAGCGCAGCAGCAGCAGCAGCCGCAGCAACUGCAGCCACCCAGCAGCAACGGAGUUAUCUCUGCUCCUCCUACUUCGAUGCCUGUCGACGCUGGUACUACGCCAAAUAGCGUUAUGCCCCCGACGGCAGCCCCGGCCCAACCUGGAAUACCCCCGGCAGUACUACAGCAGCAACAGCCUCCCCAGUCCCAGCAGCUAGCAGCGGCACAACCAGCACCAGCAGCAGCACAGGCCGCUCCCGGAGGCGUUCCACCGUCCAGCGUCGCGGGACCACCCGGGCCUAUGCCGCCGCAGGCACCUUCUUCGUAAGUGGACCUCGCCGCCGGUCGUAAGAGUUGUUCGUAGUCUACGAAGCAAACAUUGUCAUUUUGGAACGCGCGUUUUCUUCUCUUGGAUCAAGGUGAAAAAUUUACUUAUUUAAACGAAAGUGUUGGGCAAUUUUAUCACUUGAAAAAGAUAACUUCUUAAAACAAAAGGCGCGCACAUCCCUCGGAUGGAUUCGAAGUAAGAUCGACACUGAAAGCUCUGGUGUAUUUAGUUCGUAACAACUUCCCAUAAGUGUGUAUGUGUUUAUUAUAAUUAAAAUUAAGAUAGUGCGACGAGCAUCCCCGAAUCCCGAUACCCAAACUACACGCGCGUUCGUGCACCCCCUCCAAUAUAUGCUAUUUUACUCUAAGUGUAAAACAAAAAG